CCUAUCUGACCAAUCACACCUCUACACAUUACCAGCCAUGCUACGUCUAUUUACUGUCAUUGUUUGUGUGGCCCUAGCCUUGGGAGCGCCAAACAGGCACUGCGAAGAUGUCCUCGCUCGGGCUGGCCUCACCACCAAAUACAACGAGACAAUCGCCCAUGCUGUCCAUUCCAUGACAGUGGACGCUCUGAAACUCUUCAACCCCCGGGCCACCGCUAACAAUAGAGUCCCCACUGUAAAUCAGGAUCUCAACCAGAGCCAAAAGGUUCUUCCAUACGCCCCACAUACCGAAACCGGAAGUGGGUUCUCCACCAUGACCAUGAACAUAAUUGACGGCAUCCUGUCUCAGAUCGGUCAUUCCAAUGACGGACUUGGUCCAAACUGGUCACCCAUUGAACGUGUGGCCCACGUGUUUCACAUGUGGGACUUGUGGCACAAGAUCUACACGACAACUUGGCAAGACAUCCAGACCGAUAUUCCCUCCCAGGCCACCUGCGACUGCGUUCUUGAUGUGGACAAUAACGGAGUCAAGGCCGCUGUCCAGUGGGUGGCUGACCACUACGAGAGUGGCACGCCCAUCACCCUCCUGAACCGUCCCAUCCCCAAGCUGACCGACGCACAGUCGUGGGGUGUGUGGAGGGAUCGACUGUUACAUUACUACACCCCGGCUGCUCUGAAGGACGCGGCCAUCUAUCUGUACUGCGAAACACAGCACAUGUAAUACACGUGUAUUGACCUACCAUAGCAAAAGAAAUACACAUUAUAGUGAUAUGUUUAACUCAUUCACCCCUGAAAAAACAUUUGAACUCCUCCAAUUAUAAGGUUGGAUUAGUUCAUUAUGAAAUUUCAGGGAUAAAUUAGUUAAUGCGAUGGACGAGUUCGUGUCCUUGACAUCAAACGUUAUAUGAUCUGAUCAGAUGAAAAUUUGACAGUCAUUUAGAUAUGCAUAUAAAAUAAAAUCUUUUAAAAUGAU